AUUACUCCUCAUUGCUCAUGUUACAACUGCCCUUUUCUACAGGGAUGCUUGAAGAUGGAAAGAAAUUCGAUUCCUCCCGGGACAGAAACAAGCCCUUUAAGUUUGUGCUGGGUAAGCAGGAGGUGAUCCGAGGCUGGGAAGAAGGGGUUGCCCAGAUGAGCGUGGGUCAGAGAGCCAAGCUGACUAUCUCCCCAGACUAUGCCUACGGUGCCACUGGGCACCCAGGCAUCAUCCCACCAAAUGCCACUCUCGUCUUUGAUGUGGAGCUUCUAAAACUGGAAUGACAGGAAUGGCCUCCUCCCUGAGCUCCCCAUUCUUGGAUGUGCCAUGGAAGGAUCUGGCGCCUCCAGAUGCACACAGCGAGUCCGUACGGAGCUUUUCCUGAUGUUCCACUACACUCUUUGUAUAAACAUCUUCCCUGACUGAAUGUGUUCUGUCACCGGCUUUGCUCUUCCCCUUUCUCCUCGUAUGUGUGUUGACCUGAACUAUAUGCCAUAAACCUCAAGUUACCCAUUUUAGUUUGUUUUCGUUUUGGGGUGAAGAUUGAGUUUCAGUCCUUUGGAUCUAGGUUUCCAGUUAAGUACUAGUCAAGUAUUAACAGCACAAAUAA